AUGACGGGAAGAUUCGUGGAAAGGAGAAGCUUAGAUUCGGACUUGAAGGACGAAAAGCAUGUUGUGAGCAAAAAUGGAAGUCCAUUAUCAGCCCAAAAUGUCACAGUCACUCAUGUGACCCCAACAGAAAUAUUUUUACACUGGGCUGCUCCAGAGCCCAUGUCUCUUCAUCACUAUCUUGUGAGCAUUUUGGAUGUUGAGAACAAUAAAUCAGAGGAAGUAUUUGUUGAAAAACUCAACACAUCAGCAGCAAUUGGAAAUCUCACAUCUUUCCGUCAUUACCUGCUACAUCUGUUCAGUGUAGCCGAAAGAGGAACUUUGAGCUGCUCUGAGAAACCUAUUUCAGCUGUUACAGGUAUUCAUCCACCUCUGAAAGUUUAUGCUAAACUUGAAGAUGUGAGAGAGGACAGUAUAGUUCUUCAGUGGGAACCCCCACAAGACAGCCAUGAGGUCUACAUUCAAAUCAAAGCCAUAUCAGAUAUAAGAGAAGUCAGGAAGCUUUUUGUAAAGGAUGCUACUAGAUUCAAGGUUGAUAAUUUAAUCCCUGGAAUGACAUAUGACAUUGGAAUGGCGACAGUGAUGAAUGGGAACUUGAGUGAGCUGGUAACUAUUCAACAAACUCUAAAGCCCAAACCAGUUCAAAUUGUUAUCCCUUAUGAAAGUCAUAGUACCUCCAUAAUCUUAUUUGUUCAAAUGCCUGAUGUUGGAGUGUUUGAUGGCAUAUGUAUUACAAUUGAAGGAGGGCCAAAUGUAACCAGGCUUCUAAAACACGACAGUAAAAUAACUGUUGACAAUUUAACCCCAGGCACAGAAUAUAAUUUCUUUGUUUCCACCAUCAGCGGGACUAAAUUAAGUAAUAUGUAUCAUGUGCCUACAGUAAAAACAUGUCUGGAAGCACCGUCAAAUAUCCAUGAAGGCAAAGUUACAGAUUCUUCCAUAGAAAUUCUCUGGAAUCGAGCUGAUGGGAAUUUUCAGCAUUAUGAAAUCACAUGCAUAAACUGUGCUGCUGCUUUCAUGGUAUGUUAUUAG